GAUUCUGACGUGAGUUGAUCCCACAGCAAACUUGGCCAACAAUGCUGACGACUUGGAUCACCAAGCGUCAUGUCCAUAUCAGGUGCUUUGCCACCUUUGUGCUGCUCUUCUUCAGACCUGCCAGAGGGAGAGAAGCACUGCAUGCGGACGACGAAUGCAGUAGCGAGGGCUGCGCCCUGAAUGCUUUGCAACGACAUAGUUUGGCGAGGCAGCAGAAUGUCACUGUAGAGCAUGUGCAGCACCCAGCGCUUUGCGAUGCGAACAUCGUGGCGGAGACCUGUGAAGGUAUCAACAAGCUCACCAGCAGCUACUUUGGUACCACUGCUGACGAGGACCUUGAGGUGGUGCACGCGGCUGAGAUUGCGGAGCAUAUCAUGGCCUCACCGCGUUCGGUGCGCGAAUUCCUGAGCCGCUUCCUGGGGCUGCAGAACCGGGAGGAUGACCAAAAGGCGCUGGCGAAAGAUGCAGUCGCAGUGAACUGUAUGGACCUUUGUGAGAAGCUGGUGGCCAGCAUCCCCAUGGCCGAGCGUCCUCCCAGCUCCGACGUCGCGUGUUACCGGCCCAGCGGCAAAGUGACCUGCGACAUCGAUGUCUCGGCCAAUGCUUUUGAUGGUAUUCAGCAGCUCGCCGGGAUUUGUUUCGGAAGCAGCUAG